AUGCAGGACGGCAAGGACUUCACAAUCUGGUACGUGGACAAUGUCGGAUUCCGCAAGGACAGCAUAGUCUAUGCGCUCACGAAGGACGGAGCCGUCAAAUAUGUGGAGGCGUCGGAGAUAGAGCAGGUGUAUCGAGGUAGGGGUGUGGCGCAAGAUCCCCUCAACUGGCUGCUCAUCGACGGCCACGAGGGAUACCUAUGGUCUAUGUGGAGGGGACGCGCGGUGCUGGCGGCAUCGUCGCGCCAUGACAACUACAACAUAUUCAAGAAAACCAUGGAUUGCAAUCUCAUUAUGCCCAUCUGGUCUGGGGAUGAAGUCGAGGAGGCCCUAAAAGGGCACCUCCUGGCUGGAUCAGCUGGACGAGGUCAGGGAUUAUGCGGGUGGCAUUAUUCGCGACUAUUUUGCGACGCCGGCCUCGCUCAAGGAUCGCUUUGAAGGAGCUCUUCAGGGCAUCACGUUCGACGAUGUCCGACACUGGACAGGAGAAAGUCCGAGAGGCGUUCACGUUGACGAUAUCCCUCAGAACGUGCUGCUCUCCCUCCACCCCAACAGCUGGGCGCCUUUCGGUGGGAGAGUCGUGUGGCGGUCGCCUUAAAUUUUCAAGCAGUUCCUGCAGAAAGUGGCAGGAGAGCAACUACUGAGGGCGCAACUCGACUUUGUCAUGGACCCCGCACCAGUAGGCGAUAAAGGCGACCCACUUGAGGAGCUCGUCCACCUCUUUUUGGCUGUCACGGAAGCCCCAAUCUACCUCGAAACCCUCAAGAAGCACCAGGCGCGCGUGAAGAAGAUGCCUCGGCCGUUGAGGAUGGUGACCGCUCAAGAGAAGCAGCGGAACCUGCUGAAGGUGCGGUUUGACACGACAGGGCAGGGCAGGGUGGCGCGCAUGUUCUCCGGCAAUAAGGCCAACGAUGGUCAGCCGGAGCUCAACAAGGGGUACGACAGGGUGGGGCAGCCCGGGUUUUGGGUUCGCAGGGACAAGAACUGGCCGGUCAUCGACUCGCUUUACAUCGAUGGUGACACUGUCUACCUCAUCCAAGUCAGUGCAGACAGGGAGCACAGCGCCAGCGGGUUCAAUCAGGGCUUGAUCGACAGAUUGAGAGCAAGCCCGGCGAUGGCGUCUUGCUCCAAGUGGCGCAUUGUGUGGGCCAUCCCUCAGGGCGCAUUGGGGGUGACAGAGUGGGACGAGGAAGCGCACAAGCUCUUCGAGGACGAGGAGUACGUAUUCGAGCUGCCCGCUGAUCGAGCCGAGAAGGAGCUCCAGGAGUACCUGGUGAGUGAGAGUGGGCAGAGGGAGUAAAGCAGGCAGGCCGGGAGAGGCAGGCAAAGCACAGAAAAUGAAGGUGAUUGAUUGAACACGCUCUUGUGUUGACUAUCAGUGUCAGGGUCGUCCUCCUGCCCUAAAGCCUAUCGCCAGAAAGAACGUGGUUUUGCGAUUGUUCGACGCGCUCAUUCAGCCCCAACGGAGCGCGGGGAAGAACUACUAG